AUGGCAACCUCGGACUGGGCCGUGAAAGAGCUCGAAAAGCUACUCCCGCUUGACCAUGACUCCCUCAUCCAAAUACUAGAGUAUACAUCCAGCCUCUCCAAAUCCGACUCCGCCGAGCAUUUGAAGAAUCUCCUCGGCGAUACUCCCAAAGCUUUAGAGUUCAUCAGCUCCUACAAUGCAAGAAGACAAGAUACAGCGUCCUCGGUGACCUCCAACGCCGCUGCACAAACCGAGCAAAGACAAGAUAUCGAUCAAAGCGUCCCCAAGAGCACCCGCAAAGGCCAGAAAAAGAAGCACCCCCUCCACGCGCUUCCCUCUCGCCAGAUUGAAGGUCAAGGCAACGUCACAGGCGGCUACAAGAAAGGCUCAGGCGAUGACUACAUCUCCUCCAACAAACCUCGGCGUGACCCCGAGCACGAUGCAGAGCAAGCAUCUACAUUCGCCCUCUCCUCAACACCAGACGCUCGCCAGCUGCCCAAGAAAACGCUCGGCAAGCUUCCCCUUCAGCAGCAGGCACGUUCAUCUCGGAUCUGCCAAACGUAA